GUUCAUCCCUUCCAAUGUCACUGAACGUCGCAGUUACCGAACCUGCAGGCGCCGAUGUGGGCAGUCAACCUAUUUUCUCCCAUCCACUCCUCUCGUUGAUUUCAGCGUGUUUCUGGGUCAUACUAUGGGCCCUUUCGUGGGCGAAGGCUCUCCUGGCUUUCGCCACGAUGACUAUUGCCAUCACGAUCCCCCGGCUCAUCUACGCCAUUCUUUCCUAUUCUCUCACACUCACACUGAAUUUCUGGUCUUUCGCGAUGUUGUUUCUCCUCUCCUUGGUCAUCCUCAACUAUUUCAUUCGUUUCCGAUACCUCAACAACUACACGCAACUCAAAGAGCCUCCCCUGGUCAAGCCUGACGCGAACGAGCUGC